GAGCACAAGAUGCACGUGCCAGAAAUGGUCUUCGGUCACCUCUUGACCAGCGACAACUACGACGAUGAUGAGAACAAGGUGACUGGCGGACGGAACGGCUACGGUGCGAAGCUGACGAACAUCUUCUCAACCAAGUUUGUCAUCGAAUGUGGCGACGGCAAGCGAGGGCAGAAAUAUGUCCAGACCUGGGAGAAGAAUAUGCAGGAGAAAGGAAAAGCCUCUAUUACGAAGUACUCCGGCAAGGACUUCACGAAAGUGACCUUCUAUCCAGACCUCAAGCGAUUCGGCAUGUCCAAGCUUGACCAGGAUGUGGUGGCGCUCAUGAAGAAGCGCGUCAUGGAUGCCGGCGGAUCGACAGACAAGAAGUGCCGCGUAUUUCUGAAUGACAGCCCGGUCGCGGUGAAAGAGUUCAAGGAUUAUGCGGAGCUCUACUUCGAGAAGGAUCAGCCGCGCGUCUACGACAAGUUUGGGGACCGCUGGGAAUACGUCGUGACGACUUCCGAGGGCCAGUUCCAGCAGGUAUCCUUCGUGAACUCGAUCAACACCAUCAAAGGUGGAACUCACGUGUCACACGUGACGGACCAGUUUGUGGAUUCCAUCCUCGACAAGGUGAACAAGAAGAAUCGUGGUGGAAUGGAGAUCAAGCCGUUCCACGUUCGUUCCCACCUCUGGGUGUUUGUGAACUGCCUCGUCGUGAAUCCCACCUUCGACUCCCAGACAAAGGAGACGAUGACCUUGAAGCAGAGCAAGUUUGGGUCCAAGUGCGAAGUUCAGGACAAGUCCAUCAAGCAGCUUUUCAACAUGGGAAUUGUCGACACCGUGCUGCAGUGGGCCAAAGCCAGGGAGUCCAUCGACAUGAAGCGCAAGAUGAAGGCGGGCGGCAAAGCGAACCGCCUCCUUGGGAUCCCCAAGCUGGAAGAUGCGAACCUGGCCGGCACCAAGCAUUCCGAGGAGUGCACCCUCAUCCUCACAGAGGGAGACAGUGCAAAGGCAUUGGCAAUCGCUGGUCUCAGCAUCGUCGGCCGUGACCGCUUCGGAGUCUUUCCGCUCCGAGGCAAGCUCCUGAACGUCAGAGAUGCCAACUUCCAGCAGACCGUCAACAACGCCGAGAUCCAGAACGUCAUCCAAAUCCUGGGCCUUGAACAGCAGAAGGUCUAUGACUCCGUGAAGCCAUUGCGGUAUGGCAGCAUUAUGAUCAUGGCGGACCAGGAUUUCGAUGGCUCCCACAUCAAGGGGUUGCUCCUAAACAUGAUCCAGCACUGGUGGCCAUCGCUCUUCAAGCUCGAGGGUUUCAUGAAAGAGUUCAUCACGCCCAUCGUCAAAGUUUCCAAGGGUGCACAGGAGCUGCAGUUCUUCAGUGUUGUGGACUACGAAGCAUGGAAGGAGAAGCACAACGGAGGCAAAGGAUGGACCACAAAGUACUACAAAGGUCUCGGUACCUCCACUGCCAAGGAGGGCAAAGAGUACUUCAAGAACAUUCGAGAUCACAGGAUGUUCUUCAAGUGGACUGGUGCUCGUGACGAUGAACUCAUCGACCUGGCCUUCAACAAGAAGCGAGCUGAUGACCGGAAGGAGUGGAUCAACUGCUACAAGGACGGCGAUGCAGUGGAUCACUCCAGAGACUCCGUGACGUACUCGGACUUCGUGAAUAAGGAGCUCGUUUGUUUCUCCCGCUACGACGUCAUGCGGUCCAUCCCUUGUUUCGUGGAUGGCUUCAAGCCUGGACAGCGGAAGAUCAUCUACGCCACGUUCAAGCGCAAUCUGAGGAGCGACGUGAAGGUGGCACAGCUUGCUGGGUAUGUUGCCGAACACAGCGCCUACCACCACGGAGAGGCGUCCUUGCAAGGAACGAUUGUUGGCAUGGCGCAGAACUUCGUCGGUUCCAACAACAUCAACCUCCUGGUUCCCUCGGGUCAGUUCGGAACGCGCCUGCAGGGCGGCAAGGAUCACGCAAGCGCGAGGUACAUUUAUACACGCUUGGAGCCAAUUACUCGGACCAUUUUCCAUCCAGACGAUGAUCCACUGCUCGAGUUUCAGACGGAGGAGGGCCAGUCGAUCGAGCCGAAGUGGUACAUGCCCGUCAUUCCGAUGGCUUUGGUCAAUGGCGCUGAAGGCAUCGGGACGGGAUGGUCCACCUCCGUGCCGAACUUCAACCCACGGGACCUCAUCGCGAUGCUGCGCAAGCUCAUCAAGAAGCAGAAAGUCAGCACGACAGUGAAUCCAUGGUACAGAGGCUUCAAGGGAAGCAUCGUGCCCAACCCGGACACAGAGAAGGGGGGCUUCGAGGUUGUCGGGAUUGCCAAGAAAGUGGCAAACAAUCAGAUCGACAUCACUGAGCUUCCCGUCAAGCAGUGGACACAGGCGUACAAGGAAUUCCUCGGUAAGAUGGCCGAGGCUGAGGGCGACAAUGCUCGUGGUAAGAUCGAUGACAUGAAGGAGUUCCACACCGAGAACACGGUGCACUUCUCUCUGUCGGGAACAGUGGACCAGAUUAAGGCUCUGGAGCAGGAAGGUCUCGAGAAGGUCCUGAAGCUGCGCAGCACCCUGGCCACUUCGAACAUCGUGUUCUUUGACUCGGAAGGGAAGAUCAAGAAGUUCUCUUCCGUGCAGGAGCUGAUCCAUGAGUUCUUCCAGCUGCGGCUUAAGUACUACGUCAAGCGCAAGGACUAUCACGUCGACAGGUUGAAGAAGGAGAAGAACUUGAUCGAUGCAAAGGUGAAGUUCAUCGUGAUGGUGAUCAAAGGUGAGCUGGUCGUUUCGAAGCGCAAGCGAGACGACCUUAUCGCAGAAUUGAAGAGCUUGGGCUUUAAGCCUUACAACGAGAUCUUCGGCAAAACCCGCAGUGAGGAGGAGGAAGAGGGCAAGCCUGCUGUGACGCAGGCUAAAGAGCCCAAAUCGGGUUUCGACUACCUGCUUGGCAUGCCUCUGUGGUCGCUCACUUACGAGCGUGUGGAAGACCUCAGGCGGCAAGCCAAAGAGAAGACGCAGGAGUUGACCGAUCUUCAGAACACCACUCCGGAGGCUCUCUGGGAGCGCGAUCUGGAUGCAAUCGUGGUUGAGCUUGAUCGCAUGGACGCUGAAGAGGACGAGGCCAAGAAAGAGGAGGGCCGACUCAGGUCCGGCAAGCGCGCGCGACCGAAGGCCAAGGCGCCUGCGGGGCGCGGCCGCCGCAAGUCCGGAGCCAAGGAUGAGGGAGGUGACGAGAAUGAGCCGAUGGAAGUCGACGAUGACGACGACGAUGAGGUGGAGGCCGUGCCGGCCAAGAAGCCCAAGGGCGACGAGACCGGCGCAAAUCUCUUGGAUCGACUGAAGGAGCGGCGAAAGCAUCGAGCCAACGUGGUUGUGUUGGACCCGGUGGACCUGAACAUGGAUGUUCUCUGA